CACCCUAUACGGAAAAGGGCGUGGUUUAACAAACAAAUUAAAUUUGCUCUUUUUACUAGGCUUUGAAUUCACAUUCUAAAGCUAUAUAACUAAACAAUCUACAUACAACAUGAAUUUCCCAGGUUAUGGUGCUCCAGCUGGAGGAUAUCCAGGAGCGUUUCCUGGAGGAUUCCCCGGCCAGCAGCAGGAUCCUCUCUUUGGAUACUUCACUGCCGUUGCUGGCCAGGAUGGACAGAUAUCCUCUGAGGAGCUCCAGACCUGUUUAACCCAAGCAAACUUCUCUGGAGGAUACAAACCUUUCAACUUGGAGACCUGCAGGCUGAUGAUCGGCAUGCUUGACCGUGACAUGUCAGGUAACAUGGGUUUUAAUGAGUUUAAGGAGCUAUGGGCGGUGCUUAAUGGCUGGAAGCAGCACUUCAUGUCCAUUGACCGAGACAGGAGCGGGACAGUCGACCCACAGGAAAUGAACCAAGCCAUUUGCUCUAUGGGCUAUAGGCUGAGUCCUCAAGCUAUGAACUGCAUCAUCAAGCGGUACAGCACUCAAGGAAAGAUCACCUUUGAUGAUUAUGUCGCUUGCUGUGUCAAACUGAGGACCCUGACAGAUAUUUUCCGCAGGAGGGACCAGGCACAAAACUUAACGGCUUCGUUUCAAUAUGACGACUUUAUCCAGUGCACUAUGAGCACCUGAAGGAAAUAUCUAGACAAAGAAAUCUGACAUCUUCCAGCAUCUGUUUGCUUAUAUAAUGAAAUGUUUAGUGAGCUUUUUUAUACCAGUGCAUUUUUUUUUAACAUUUGCUCCUAACUAAUGAUAUAUUUUAUGACUUUAACCUGCCAAAUGUAUGUUUACUGGUAAUUGAUUAACAGAAAAUCAUAUAGGACCUAAGGACCAUACCAUUAAAAACUAAACUAUGUAAACUAAAGUUGGUAUUCAAUAAAAAAUAAAUGGUUUUUGA